AUGGUCCAGCCUCGGCCGCGAUCACCAACGGAGGAGGACAAGGGACCGGCCCGGCCUGGAUCAGACACAGACUCGUCAUGGUCGUCCUUGCCCGCGGGGGUGGGGGACCUGGAGAAGAAGACUGGGGAAGAUAUCGUCCGGACAUCCAGUGAGGUGGAUAUUGAUGCCGGGGGGCAAGCACCUCUAUCAAAGCCACGAACGCGGGAGGAUAGGCAAGACGACGGCGCGGAUGGGACGGGCAACAGUGUGCUCUCACGUGCUGUAAGCCGCGUCCUCACCAAGGCAAGUACCAAAUCAAGCUGGAACCCAGGGCCACCGCCUGACGGAGGAUGGCAGGCCUGGAUAGCCGUCGCCUGCACUCACCUCAUUGUCAUGAACACCUGGGGCAUCAUCAACUCAUUCGGCCUGUUCCAAACCCACUACACCGCCGCGCUGGGUCGUCCCCCCUCGGACAUUUCAUGGAUUGGCUCCCUCCAGAUCUUCCUUCUCUUCUUCAUCGGCACCUUGGCCGGCCGCCUCACCGACGCCGGCUACUUCCGCCACGUAUUCAUGCUGGGCAUCGUGUUCCAGCUCGUCGGCAUCUUCACCACAUCCGUCGCGACGCGAUACUGGCAGGUGCUGCUGGCCCAGGGCAUCUGCAUGGGACUCGGCAACGGCCUGCUGUUCUGCCCGUGCAUCUCGACCGUGUCGACGUAUUUCAGCAAGAGGCGGAACCUGGCCAUCGGCAUGGCCGCGUGCGGGAGCGCCACGGGCGGGCUGGUGUUUCCGAGCAUGGUGCGGCAACUGCUGCCGAGCCAGGGGUUUCCCGCGGCCAUGAGGGCGAUUGGAUAUGUGCAAAUCGCCACGUUUGUGGUGGCGCUGGUUGGGCUCAAGCGGAGAAUUCCGCCGAGGACGAGCGGUCCGUUGGUGGAGUGGCGGGCCUUUCAGGAGGCCGAGUACACGCUCUAUGCAAUGGGGAGUUUCUCCUUCUUCCUUGGGUUGUACUUCGCGUUUUACUACGUUGCCUCGUUCAGCAGAAACAUCAUCGGACUGAGCUACACCGACAGCUUGAACCUGCUGCUGGUCAUCAACGGGGUGGGCAUGCCCGGCCGACUAGUGCCGAACCACUUUGCCGAUCGGCUGGGAGCCAUCAACGUGCUCGUCCCCGUAACGGCCAUAACUGGGAUAUGCGCGCUGUGCUGGAUGGCGGUCGAGUCUACGGCCGGGUUGUAUGUGUGGUGCUGCUUCUACGGCGCAGCCGCCGGUGGCAUCCAGAGUCUGUUCCCCGCCGCCCUGAGUAGCCUGACGACGGACGUGCGAAAGGCGGGGGUCAGGAUGGGCAUGAUCUUCACCAUUGUUAGCUUUGCGACGCUGGCCGGCCCGCCGAUUGCUGGAGCCAUUAUCACUGCGUCAGGAGGGAGCUACUACGGCGCUCAGGGGUUCGCCGGAGCGACGUUAUUGCUGAGUACGGGGCUCAUGGCCGCUGCUCGGACUGUCAAAGUGAGGAGGCUAAUGCGCGAGGGGGGCGUUGCUGGCUCAAGAUGGCGGGUGAAGGUUUGA